GGUAUAGCUUCUUGACAAACUAAAAUAGCUUAUUUAAUCAUUUGGAGAUAGAAUUGUAUUUAGGAAAAAUAAAAAUAAAAUUAAAAAAAGCAGCAAAUUCUUUCUGUUCAACAUACGACAAGAAACAACCUGUCGUCUUCAAUCAUGGCAAGGUGAUUUUUCAGCCAAGGUGCUUUGAUCCAUCUCGCUGAGGGAGCUGGAUCUUGAAGAGUGGUCAUCUUCUAUGAGGAAUCUGGAUCUCAAUCUCAACUACUUCAGAAAGGGAGACGCAUGGGUGCAUGUUCUUAAGGUCUCCAUCUUUGCGGUAUUUUUCUUCUCUAGGUUGGUCGAGCUUGCUCUGUCUCGCCGGAUUACCAUGUUUCCUACCAGAGUUAAUGGAACAGUGGCGAGUUCUUCUUCUUUGGUUGAUGUUCUAGGCUGGAAAUUGCCUCUCAAGCUUGUUUUGAUCCGACAUAGGUCUGAGUUGUCCCCACCAAUAUUGCAUCUGUUGGACCAGCAUCUUCUAAAUAAGGCAACUCUUCGACAAUCAAGAAUAAAUUCUAUGAUUCUUGCCUUUAUUAGAAGAAUUCUUUCUCAGCCUUUGUGAGCACGAAAAAUGACUCUAUAAAUAGGGCUGUAAAGGCAGUGAGAAAAGCGAACUCUUUGGUGCAUUAUUUGUGAGCUUUAUUGUAAUAUUUAUGAGAGUUUCUCUUUGUAUUCAAGAUCAUAAGUAUUCAUGUGAUCUUGUAGAAUUAUGUGUGUUUAGUUUUUAGUGGUGAGUUUAUACCAUGUUCAUGAGUGAAUACACAUUGUAAUUUGAACACAACGUUUGUAGUCUUCGGGAGAAGAUUUUUACAAGCCUUGCGUCAGGAGGAUGCAAGCACUCACUGGCCAUUGAAGGGAGUUCAAGUGGUUGAGCGUUUCAAUCAAGAUCAGAUUAGUGAAGAGAAGUACAACAAGUUGCGGCAAAUCUCAAGAGGGAGUCUUGUUUUGUUUAUGUCAAUGUUUUGUACUUGUAAUUCUU